AGUGACUUCCCCGUUAGUCAGUGCUGGGGUACUGACAGUACGGCAUUACUUAUUAUAGGUUUAAAGCAUUUUUGCUUUCACUGUUAGUGAAACGUUUGUAGAUACAAUGAAGACUGCCGUUGCAUUCUUUUUCCUGAAUGUUGGAUUAAUACUUUGUAUUGAAGCUCCUGUGGAAUACAGCAGUUCCAGCAGAUUCACAAAUUCCACAGGAAGAAACGAAAACGGAGCCUGUGCCAUCAAGCUGAAGCGCACAGAGUGCGAUGAAGAUGAAGUCUGUCAUUAUAAGGUCAACCUUCCACCUCUCACCUUUCAGCUACCCAAAGAGACAAAACUCCUCAAACAGACUGUCAAACAAGUGAAAAGUCUAACAGCAACAGUCCAUAAGAUGAAGAAUAGAUGGCUGGAAGCAAACCAGAAAAAGCCUAUUAGUCAUCAGCAAGCUACUGGAAAUAUAGAAUAUGGAAGAAAGGAUACCAAUAGAAUAUCGUUGUUGGAGGAGAAAAUUACUAAGCUAACAGGUUUAUUAAAGAAUGCCAAAAAUCAAAUCAAUGUGCUUCAGGGUCGUUUAGAACAGAUGACUAUUCUGAAUAUGGACAAUGUUUUGCACCACAUUAACAAUGAGCUUUCAAAAAUUAACUAUACAGUGAAUACACUGAACAACAAGUGUUCUACAAAUUGUGAAGCUCAAGGUCAACUCACCAUAAAAUUUCCUGAAGAUUGCUCAGACUAUUACGGACUCAAACAGCUGAAAAGCGGCAUCUAUGUAAUUGCCCAUGGCUUUAAUGAAAGUUUUCCAGUUUAUUGUGAUAUGAAAACUGAGAAUGGUGGUUGGACAGUACUGCAGUCUCGCAAAGAUGGUAGUGUCAAUUUUAAUCGCACUUGGGCUGAAUACAAAAAUGGUUUUGGGAAUCUCUCAACAGAAUUUUGGCUGGGAAAUGACAAAAUACAUUUUUUGACAAAAUCCAAGGAAAUGAUUUUGAGAAUUGAAAUAGAAGACUGGAACGGCAUCAAAGAAUAUGCCUCAUACGAUCAAUUCUUCGUUGCAGAUGAAGAUCAUUAUUAUCGCCUGAAUGUUAAUGGCUUUUCAGGCACAGCUGGUGAUGCACUGCAUAAUAACAAGAAUUACAACCAUGAUCAAAAAUAUUUCACCACCAAAGAUAAAGAUAAUGAUAACUAUUCUUUGGGUAACUGUGGGGCAUAUUAUGGCUCUGGCUGGUGGUUUGAUGCUUGUAUGUCAGCUAAUCUCAAUGGCAAAUAUUAUAAAAAACCCUACAAAGGCAUACGAAAUGGUAUUUAUUGGGGCACUUGGCACAAUGCAGCAAAUGAAAUUCUGAAUGGCUAUCGUCAGUCUUUUAAGUCAGUAAGAAUGCUCAUUAGGCCUAAGACGUUUAAGCCAUAGGUAUGUAGCAACAAAAAAAAAUUGCCAAAUUAUUUUAAACAUGGUAUUGGAGAGCUUUCACUGUGCAAUCAUUUUAAGAGCUGUAUUCUACAGCAUAAACUGCAAUAAAAGUAACAUCCAGCUUUAUUCUUUAUCAUUUCUGACAACCCCUGGGCUAUUUCUAUAAUGUCGGAAUACUUCUCUGAAAUAAAAUCAUAUGUGCAUCAAAGCUUAUUCCAGCCAAGCACCAGGAAGAUCAAGCCAUCGUUUCCGACCUCACUUUACUCCUUUUUCACCAACUUCAACUGUAUCCUCAAUUACUUACUCAGGGUGAUUCAGAUUGUUCACAUAUCAGUGUCUUGUUUGAUCUAGAGCUUCAAACUCUAUCUCUGAAGAAAGGCACUUUAUCUGAGACAUAAACUGUGUUUCUCUCUCCACAGAUGUUGGAAGAUCUGCUGAGUAUUUCUUGUUAUUUUCAGUUUUAUUUCAGGUUUCCAGCAUCCGCACCGUUUGCUUUUACUUCAAACCCCAUCUCCUUUCCAUCAGCAAUACUGCUUAUUGCCACCUCUGCCCUUACUUUCAAGUACAUGUGUACUAAAAAUAUCUUAUAUAUAUUUCACAUCUCUUGAGUUGUUCAGUAGCUCCUGGCUAGUUUCCUAUUCUCUAAUUUAUAUUAAGUACAGCAUGUUAAAAUGUCACCCAUUCAUAUUCUUUUUCACACUAAAUCUUGAUCAUCUAUCACAGUGUCCUUGUGAUCUACAUUUGUCCGUUCUCUUCCAAUAUAUUGAAUUUUAAGUCCUGGUACUCAUUUUCAGAUCCAUCCAAGAUCUUGCUAUGCCCUACCUUUACCUUGUCGCCUCUCCCAUACUUUUCAGUCUUCUGACUGACCUCCUGUGCCAUCUUCUGUCACUUUUCUCUAUAACUGAUCGCAAGUCCUUCCAUUAUCUUGGAAGUACUUUUUGAACCUUACUGUCUCUCCACGUUUCUGGACUUUAAAAUCCUCUCAAAACCACACCUUUUCAACCAAAGUUUUAGUAAUCGCUCUACAAUUCAACAUUGGAUUUUGUAUAACUUUAAAAAGCAUCUUAAAACAUUAAAUGAAAUAUAAAUAUAUGUUCUUGUCAACAGAGAACAUGUUAAAGAAAGAUAUGUAUAUGUGGGUGUAAAAUAUUUGUACUGCUUAUUAAUGAGUGUAAUUAAGGUCAACAGGUACUGGCAGCAUGCCAAAUGUUGAAAUGGGCCAUCCAUGUCUCAGGCCUGACAGUUGGGGUGCAGGCUGCCUACAGCUCUAAAUCUUUGCCUAUAAAAGGGCAUAAAUUAAUUUUUACUUCCUCAUCUUUUAAGGAGUUGGGUGGAAACAAUUAUAAAGUAUGUAUUUUUUAUUUCAUUUUGAAGAAUUUCAGCUAUAUGCUUAAAUAGAAUUUUCAAUGAAGAAUUAAUCGAAAAGAAAUUUAGCUGGAAUUAACUUCAGUAGAAAUAUUGUAAUGCUGAUGAAUCAUUUCAUAACUUCAAUUAUAGCAGACAAUAGAAAUUUCCAAUUAACUGUGCUAUAUUAAAAAGUAUUCAGAUUGAUUAUUUUAGCUUUAAAUAUAUCUUUACUGAUUGCACUGAAUAUCUUGUUAUUAGAAAUGCUCAUCCACUGUUAACAUAUUAUUUUGCAUAAUUUACUCAGCAAUUUAAUGUUAAGGCCAGAGAGUUGUAACAAUUGUAAAUAUGUUUAAUUGUUAGAAAGGUGCCAAUGAAAGAAUCAAAAUAACUGCAUUGUGCUAGAGAUAGUAGGAACUGCCGAUGCUGGAGAAUCUGAGAUAACAAGGUGUAGAGCUGGAUGAACACAUCAGGCCAAGCAGCAUCAGAGGAAAGCUGACGUUUCGGAUCUGGACCCUUCUCCUAUACUGUUUUUGAAAGAUAUGUAAAAAAGCUGCACUUGUUUUUUAAGCUAUUCUCAAUAUGAUAUAUUUACUAUAAGCACUGAGGCCUGUCACGAGCUCUGUAAAACUCUGUACAACUCUUAAACAAAACAAAUAUUUCUAUAAUAAAGCAAGCAAUUGCAGGUAA